GCAGAAUAAUAGUGACGUCAGACUUGGGUCACAGUGAAGUCACAUGAGGCGUAAUAAAAUGUCGAUCUCGCUUUUGCAGAUUUUCAGUAAGAUAUUACUAUUAAACAAAGUAAUAGCGAGUUAAUCGAUAGUUUGCCAAAACGAUAAAAACAUGGACGAGGACGGUUUACCGAUUGUGGGAUCAGGAAUAGAUCUGACCAAGGUCCCAGCCAUACAACAGAGGAGAGUCGUUGCCUAUCUCAACCAGUUCAUAGUGCACACUGUCCGCUUUCUCAAUCGUUUUUCGACAGUUUGCGAAGAGAAACUUGCAUGCAUAUCUCUUCGGAUACAGCAGAUUGAAACUACCCUCAGCAUUUUGGAAGCAAAGCUCUCCUCUAUUCCUGGUUUGGAGGAUGUCAGGGUGGAGGGUGUUGGUCAGCGGCCAGCUACAGAGGUUAAUGGUCCAGUCGCAGUUGUGCCAAGUCAACCAGAGACCCCUAUAGCUGUGGCUGUGCCAUUGCCACCUCCUGAGGCGUCUCCAAACAUAACAGAACCAAGAGCAGCAGGAGACAGUUGGAUGACUGUGGCCAAGGACCCACGCUAUGCCAGAUAUCUCAAGAUGGUGCAAGUGGGUGUUCCAGUUAUGGCGAUAAAGAAUAAAAUGGUCCAGGAAGGUUUGGAUCCCAAACUGCUUGACACACCAGAUGCACCUGUGCCUGAUGCCGUCAAAAAGAAAACACUGGAUCACGAUGAUGACAGCGACGAUGGCAGUGAGUCAUCUUUCAGCGAUUGAUCUGCUGCCUUAGCCAUGAAGCUGCCUAUAGGGAACUUCCUUCCCUGUCAUCUGUGCUCCAGGCCUUUUCCACUGUGCUGCUGCAGGGGCACAGAAGGACUAGAUGCCAGUGUGUGCUUGACAGGCAGAACUACAGUGCUACCAGACAGAAAGUCCCACUUCUGUGGAAGGGAUCUGCAGGGAUGCAUGGGACUUACAAAAACAGGCAGAUUGUUAAGUAGCUGAAAUGGCAUUGUAGAUUGAGUGAAUGUCAACGAGAAAGAGCUGAUAAUGUCUAUGUCCAGGUCAGCCGCUGAUCUUGUGGAUGUUAUAUUUUUGUUUCCAUUUCUUCUCCUGAAACAUUUGAUUGGUCAUGGACAUGGUGUGUCUUUAUUUACAUAGUUUAGCAGUAAAACCGAUGGAAUGAAAACGGAAAGUACUAACCAGAUAAUUGAUUAAUAAUUGACCAUUAUUUUCUUAAGAUUGCACUGGGCAAACAUGCCUCUGCCCUGUGUCAGUAUCAUGUGAACAUUCCAAUGCCUUUGAAAGAGAUUUUUUUUUUUUUUAUUUUUUUUUUUAACCUUUAUUUAACCAGGCAAGUCAGUUAAGAACACAUUCUUAUUUUCAAUGACGGCCUGGGAACAGUGGGUUAACUGCCUGUUCAGGGGCAGAACGACAGAUUUGUACCUUGUCAGCUCGGGGGUUUGAACUCGCAACCUUCCAGUUACUAGUCCAACGCUCUAACCACUAGGCUACGCAGGUAGUCUAGCGGUUAAGGGCAUUGGGCCAGUAACCGGAAUGUUGCUGGUUGGAAUCGCAGAGCCAAAUAGGUGAAACAUCUGUCUGUGCCCUUGAGCAAAGCACUUAUUGCUCCUGUAAGUCGCUCUGGAUAAGACUGUCUGCUAAAAGACAAAAAUGUAAUUGUGCUUUAGUCACAUUUGUUUUAUUAUUUUGACAGUGAUGUCUUCAUGUUACACUUGUGAGAGGGUGAUAAGUUGUAUCUCAUGUCCAUAAUAAUGUUUGUGAUAACAUUUGAUGGGUACUAUUUUAUACUACAACUGCUGUAUGAAGGAUGUCAAGCAGAAAUUUUGUGGACUGUUCUCUGGCCGAUUAUUCGUUUUUAAUUGAGACAUUAAGCUGUUGAAAUGUAAAUGUUCCUGGAGUGAACAAUGUGAAGGACAAAUUAAGAAAAUUGCACUUUUGGGUAAAUAUAUAAUGGAAAGAACACCACUACUUGUGAGCAAUGUGUCAAUUGCAAUGGUACUGUGUAAGGCCAAAUUAACAGUAGUACCUAAUGUGAAUUCACCUCAAUCUUCUAAAAUGAUGCAUCUUAAUCCCAGAUUUAACCAAGUGUGACUAACCAUGUUAGCAAGCCUUUCAGGCCCUUGAUUCCCACUGCACUAUACCUUUAAGUCAAGAGAGUUUUAUACAACAUCUCUUAUCCAAACAAAUGCUCAGAGAUCCAAUUCAUCUUCACAUUGUUUGCAGUUGUCUCUGGGUAGAACACUGCAAUGAUGGAUUUUUUCCCCCAAUUGAUUAAGAAAGUGGGUAGAUGGAGAGGUGUUAGAAGAUUGGAAAGCACGUUGUUCACAAGCGCAAGGCAAGCAGUAUUGAGGUCUGAGUGUUUAUGCAGUUUAGCCGUAAAAAUAAAGACCACAUUUUACCUAAA